AUGAGGUUGUGCUUGCACACCUCUACAGCAACAGAGCUGACGGUCAAUGAAAUUGCUCUCUCCCAAGCGCCGAUUAUUUCCAACCACUCAAACUUCAAGCAAGUGAAAUGUAUUUACGCAUGCGUUGAGUCAACAAAGUCCUGGUUUGAGGUCUUCUUCACAAUUCUACCCAUCGACUACAUUGUAUUUCCCUUUUCCAUAUUCUCACAACUCGUACAUUCUCUAGUCACCCUGCACAGGCUCUCGACUCUUAACGAUCCUGCUUGGGACAAGAAGGGUGCCCAAGAGACUGCAGAUCUGCUCCUCAUCUUGGGUCAGGUAAUCAACAAUAUGGAUCAAGUGGCAACCUUUCCUAGGUUAGACAAUAAUGGCAGCACCGAAGGAGACAUCUUCUCCCCAACUGCCAAGAAGUUUCGAUCUAUCCGACAUGAUCAGGAGGAAAAGCUCGGGCCGGACAGCUACAUGGUCUCCACCAUUUCAACGCUGCAGGAUGCAGAUGUGGCUCCUCUUCCUGAAGGUUUUCCGGUCGGUUUCCCCAACAAUGACUGGAUGAUGGAUUUUCUUCUUGCCCCGAAUUACUUUUCUUUGUAG